UAAGCAAGCACAACACAAUGAAUUCUCCAAUAUUAAUUCAAAUUAGCUAUACCCACAUAAAACAUUAUUAUUAUUAUAUGAAUGUAACUCAUAUACUACACAUGGAUCAUCAUCAUCAUCAUGUCACUACUGGUCAGGUUAAAACUCCACCAUCAUCAUCAUCAUCUUCUACUUCAAGUGGAAAUAAUGAUAAUAAGACUGAGAAGAAGUACAAAGGUGUGAGAUUGAGAAAGUGGGGAAAAUGGGUAUCUGAAAUAAGGCUACCAAAUAGUCGUGAAAGAAUAUGGUUAGGAUCAUAUGAUUCAGCUGAGAAAGCAGCUAAAGCAUUUGAUGCUGCACUUUAUUGUCUUCGUGGUCGUCAUGCAAAUUUCAAUUUCCUUGAUACACCUCUCAAUUUGGAUAUCAAUGCAGUUUCUAACAAUUCGCUUACACCACAACAAAUUCGAGAGGUUGCUGCAAAUUUUGCUAACAAAAAUCCACCAAUUAUUGAUAAUAAUAAUAAUGGAAAUAAUAGUAAUGUUCAAUCCAAUAUGGUGACGGAAAUUGGUGGCUCUUCAUCUACAACUACUAUGUAUAACAAUGGUAGCACGAUUGAUUGGACAUUUUUGAACAUGUUGGAUGGUUCAAAUACUCAUGAUGCUAAUUUUGUUGGGUCUGAUUAUGGUCUAUUGUACUCUGACCUAGACAAGAUGAUGCAUUCGGGUGAGUUAAUGUAUUCCAUUCCACCACCACCACUUUUUGAGGAUUAUCAGAACUUAUCAUCAGUUGAAGAAUAUGAUGAUGAUAAUGGCGAUCCUUUUUCUCAUCAAUCAUUCCUUUGGAACUGGAAUUUCUGAUUCUUGAUCAUAUAUAUA